AACAAUUUCACAUCAUAGAAAGGUAUAAUUUGUUGCGAAAUAUUGAGGAUAUUCAGUAGUAUGAAUCUGAAAUAAAUGUUUAUGCGACUUACCAUCGAAGUUAAUUAGCUAUGAAUACGGAUAUGGAAACUUCAUGUGAAAAGGCUCCUGAGUAUACAGACCAGCCACCUCCAACAUACGAAUCACUUUUUGGACAGAUAAAACAGGCAAAGCAGAACUCAGGUGGAAAUGUUGCCUUUGCCCAGAAUAUAGUUGGCAUUACCACAAACUCAGUUGGAUAUAUCAUAUUCUUGGUUUUAGUACUCGCCAUUCCAAUAACUUGUAUCGUAAUUGGGUCAUCCUUCCUUCAUCAGUGUCCAGCACAAAGAUACAUACCUAUCUACCUCAUAGUUUUUGGUGUGUUUACAUUAAUCAGAGAUGUAUCCAGUCUGAUACAAACAUUCAAGGCUAGGAAAGAUGGAAUCGACGAAAAUCAACAGCAGAAACCAAAUGCUUUUGAUGGACUUCUAAGUUGUUUUCUAUUCGCAUGGUUUAUUUGUGGCAAUGUUUGGAUUUAUCAAACCUACGGAAACUUCACAACAUCAAAUCCUGCUGCUUUGGAUUACUGCCACCACACGCUAUUCUAUUUUUCUUUCUGGUUACUAAACGUUACAUAUAUCAUAUCAGGUGUUAUGUGUUUGUGUGGUUGUGUUUAUUGUGCCUACAUCUGUUGUAUGAUAAAAGGAGCUGACUGACAUUACUGCUUAUUUUUUUGUACCUAAAUUUAUUUUUUUCUCAAUUAUGACGUUAAUAUUCUUUUUAGUUUUCGAAAUAUUCCAUUCUGGCGACAUGAAAAAAAAAGACAAAUCAUUCACGAUGACAUCACGCAAAUAGAAGGCACCUUGUUCUUAAGCCAUAAAAUAUUCAUUACAGGGACAAAUUAUUUACCAAAACAGUACGUGAAUAACGACAUUUCUCUGCUCUCGGUAGGUUUUUAAAGUUUCAUAGAUUAAAACUAAUUAUUUAGGAGAAAUUCCAUAUCUAUGGUAGUAAACGUAUCUCUAAUUAUCUUUAAAAAAUGGUGUAUGCAGAAUUUUCGGCAUAAUACUUAUUUACACGUUUAUUUGAAAAUUUGCAAAUCUAUGAUUAAAAUAAUACUCAGGAUGAGUUAACAUAAAAUUUAGAAUGGAAAUGGGGAAUAUGUCAAAGAGACAACAACCCAACCAAAGAGCAUGUUUAUGCAAUAUCAUUUUAUCAGCUUUUUUUAAAUAAGAUUCGUUCAAGUUUCGAGACCAGUUGAAACCUCUUCCAAAGAAGUCAGAAUGUCGGAAAUAAUUAUUCGUUUAAUUAAUGCAACUAACUUGCUGCGCUUCAAUGCAUUUUAUUUUUUAUUGUUUAUAGUUUAUGUUUUGUAAUAUCAAUUCAAUAAUAAAACUAUUAUUCUUUCGUUAAUAUUCAUAAACAGUUAUAAAGUAUAGAAAACAUACCAAACUCGUCAUGACUUUUCAAAUAUUAAUCGUCAAAAAUAAAAAUACACCUCAUA